CGAGUACAAAAUAGAGAACAUUCCACGAAAUCUAGAAGAUUACAUUGAAUUCGACACCAUAAGGGUGUAUGUGUAACAAGAUCCACAGUUGAGGGAUGUGAUUGUAAUUACCCAAACACGAUCGUUUAUUUUUUUCUUCUAAUGUGAUCUUUGUUCAGGAGUGAUCGUAAUUUACAAAUUUACCCUUUAUAGUAAAAUGUAUAUUAAAAUAAAAAAUUAAAGACCCGUAGGCAAAUGAGUCCAUCAAUCAUCAAUGGAAGUGUCAACAAUUUCAACGCUUUCAAUAAACGAAAAUGUGUGUAAGGAAAGUAUGGAAACUAAGACAACUAAUGGAGAAGUAAAUCUCAGACAAAGAAAGCAAGAGAGAGAGAGAAACUAGAGAGAGAAAGUAUAGAGAGAGAGAGAGACACUCAUUACAAUAGAAUCUUUGGAGCCUCAAAAAUCUCUGCUCGGCGGGACCUUCACUUCUGCAGAGAAAAAAAAAUAAAAAAUAAAGUUGCCAUUUUUACUUCGAUUUCAACGAAACAAGAAAUUAAUUUAAUUUUUCCCAUAAUAAUUCAAAAGCCCUCCAUUCUUGCAGAGCAGUAAAUCUUUGCCUUUUUUUUUUUUUUUUCUCUUAAUUCCUUAAGAACCCUACAUUCUUGAUUUCAGCCCACCACCCUUAUUUGUAGCUGUUGAGGAUUUUUUUUUUUUUUUUUUUUUAAUUUUAAUUAUUGAUUCCUUCAGAUCUGCAGUUUUGAUUUAUUUAUAGACAACCCCAUUUGUUUUCUUGGGAUAAAUUUGUUUCAUUUUUCCACCUCCAUUUUCUUCGGUUGCUGCAGUGGUGGCAGUUUUGAAGAUGAUGUCGGUGGAGAUGGGCGGCGGCGGCGGCGGCGGCAGUGGCGGUGGUGGUGGGAGUAUUGAUCCGAGCAACCUGCAUUUGAAGAAGGAGUUGACGCAAAUCCGGAAGGCGGCGGCGAGGGUGUUGAGGGACCCCGGCACCACCUCCUCCUCCCUGCGGCGGUCGCCGCUCAACUCGACUAGAUCCACCACCAAGCACCACUACGUGCACCACCACAACAAGAUUGACGGUAAUGCCAUCGUCCUCCCUUCUUCCUCCUCCGAUCAGUUUCCGCAACUCCCGUUGCAAGUCGAUAAAAUUAGUACUAGUAAUAAUGUGGAUUCGAAUCCGAACCCGAACCCGAAUUCGAAUUCGAAAGAGAAGAAAGUGUUCCUAUAUAAUUGGAGGAGCCAGAAAUCCGAGAGCGAACGAAGCAAGCAUAUCGAUGAGGAAGAAGACGAAGAGGGUUCGGUUUCGAGUGUUGAUAGCGACGCAAGAAAUGGCGGUGGUGGGAACGAUUCGAAGAGCGAUAUCUACCCUUCGUCCGUGUUCAAGUGUAGAAGCACGGACUUCACUCCAUCUAUCAUGCGCACAAUCAAGAAGAAGCCGAGGAGGAGUAAUUACUCGAACGCCACUCUGCGGCAUCACAACGAGAAGCUGCAGAAACAGAUAAUAGUGAGUAGGUACGCCCACAAUGUGGUCGAUGGUUUGCCCGGCUUAGGUCUACGGAGGGGCGGUUCGGUCAAUUUGGCCGGCCAAUCGGACGACACCGAGGAUUACUGCAAUAGUACAGUUUCCCCUUUGCUUGCGAGAAUCAAGAACAAGGGGUGGGCCCCGGCGGUGAAUCGUAAGAAGAAUGUGGAAGACGAUUCGGUUUCGUACAGCACGCCUGCACUUUCGACAAGUUCUCGUCAUAAUAAUAAUAAUAAAUACGGGAUUAGGAAUCCUAGUACGGUCGAAUCAUGGGAUGCGACAACUGGAUCUUGCGCGGACGAUGAGGUGGACGACAAUUUGGAUUUGCCGGGUCGAAACGGAUGCGGAAUCCCUUGCUAUUGGUCAAGAAGGUCAACUCCGAAGUCGAGAGUAGGUUCUUGGAGCUGCUAUUCGCCGUCGCUUUCGGAUACUUUAAGAAGGAAAUCGAGCAGUAUUUUUUGUGGGACCCACUCUUCGACCCAUCAAAGGAGACAUCAUAAUAAGAGGAGACCGAAUUCUAGCCAUGUCCCGCUUCUAACAAACAGUAGUAACAGCGACGAUGAGCUGUCGACGAAUUACGGAGAGAUCGAUUUGGAGGCGUUGAGCCGAUUGGACGGAAAAAGGUGGUCUUCGAGCUGUAGAAGCCAAGAAGGUCUAGAAAUGGUUGCUAUGAACGAUGAAGUACAAGAGGAGAGCUCGCCCGAGAAUGUACGAAGCUUGAGCCAUAAAUAUAGGCCGAUGUUUUUCGAGGAAUUGAUUGGUCAGAAUAUAGUCGUGCAAUCUCUUAUUAAUACGAUCUCGAGGGGGAGAAUUUCCCCCGUUUAUCUCUUCCAAGGCCCACGUGGGACCGGAAAAACUUCGGCCGCGAGAAUUUUCGCCGCUGCAUUGAAUUGCUUAGCGUCGAACGAGACUAAGCCUUGUGGGGUUUGUAGAGAGUGUUCCGAUUUCAUGUCCGGAAAGAGCCGGAACCUUCUAGAAGCCGACGGUUCGAGUAAGAAGGGAAUCGAGAAUAUCAAGUCGCUUCUGAAGAGCCAUUUGUCGUCGUCUUCUUCGGAUUCGAAAUUUAGGGUUUUUGUUGUCGAGGAGUGCCAUUUAUUGCCGUCGAAGACUUGGUUGACUUUCCUCCGUCUGCUUGAGAAACCCGCUGCGCGCGUCGUCUUUGUACUCGUUACGACCGAUGCGGACAACGUGCCGAGGGCGAUUUUGUCCAGGUGUCAGAAGCAUCUUUUUAACAAGAUCGGCAGUAGCGAAAUCGUGGGUCGGUUGAGGAAAAUCGUUAGUGACGAGAAUUUGGACGUUGACUUAGAUGCGUUGGAAAUGAUUGCUUCGAACGCGGAUGGUUCGUUGAGAGAUGCGGAGACAACGGUCGAUCAGUUGAGUUUAUUUGGGAAGAGAAUCACCGUCUCGUUGGUCAACGAACUCAUCGGGGUUGUUUCCGACGAGAAGUUAUUGGAGUUAUUGGAGUUAGCCAUGGCGUCGAAUGCGACGGAGACUGUGAUUAGAGCGAGAGAAUUGAUGGACUGUGGAGUUGACCCGAUAGUUUUAAUGUCUCAAAUGGCGACACUUAUUGUCGAUAUUAUUGCUGGGACUUAUCCGAGUUCCGACGGGAAGCACGAUUCCUUCUUCGGUGGAAGAAAUUUGUCCGAACGAGAACUAGACAGGCUAAAACACGCACUGAACCUUCUCUCGGAAGCAGAAAAGCAUCUAAGGGUAUCGAGUGAACGGUCCACAUGGUUCACAGCAACCUUAUUACAGCUAGGUUCCGCCCCGUCGCCUGACCGGACCCACUCGGGCAGUAGUCGAAGACAGAGCUCAAAGACAACCGACGAGGACCAUAUUAUUAUGCUCAGAGAAACUAUGACCCACAAGCAGAGAAGUACCGCCGAUGCUGAGCUGGCACCCGAGAGGUCGAACUCUCCUGCUGUACCGUACCCUCACCGCAGUUCCGCUACGAGAAAAGACGAUCCUGCCCCUCUGGCUGACUCUGCCAGUUUCGAUUCCGAUAAAACGAGAUGCAUGAAUUCGAAGAUGUUGAUUAGUAUAUGGAUUCAGUGUAUUGAGAAGUGCCAUUCGAAGACGUUGAGGCAGCUCCUUCAUUCUCAUGGAAGGCUAGUUUCCGUAUCCGAAGUUAAAGGCGGUUUUGUAGCGCACAUCGCAUUUUCCGACAAAAACAUCAAAACCCGAGCAGAAGGUUUCCUCAGCAGCAUCACAAACUCGUUCGAGAUCGUCCUACGCCACAACGUGGAAGUCAAAAUAAUUCUACUACCGGAUUCGUUACUAAAACCGAACCAGCACCACGACGACGUGUCUGAAAGCGCUAACAUGAGCACCUCAAAGGGGGGGAGCAGGUUAGCCAACGUUCCUCCGGCGAAGAGAAUCGAGUCUAUUAUCCACGAGCAGAGACUGGAAACCGCUUGGCUACAGGCCAUGGAGAGAGGGGGCACCCCCGGUUCGAAGAGGAAUCAAAUUCUGCCGCAAGACGGGUCGUACUACCCUUCGAAAGAAUUCGAUGGGUCGGUGAAUUUUGCUGACGUGGCGCCUUUGCAGCAGUGGGAAGACGAGCUGAAUCGCGAGAUUAAAGCGUUGAAGAUUAAUGACCGAAUUCCCCCUCAGAAAGAUCAAAUUAUCGCUAAGAGGUCCGCCGAUCAUUUCCCCAUGUCGCCAAGUUUUUUGCAUAAUAGCAGAUUCGCCCGCACUCUCAGCAAAGAUAACAUAGGGUAUGAAUCCGGAUCGGGAGCUCCCGGUUGCAGCGGAUUGUUCUGUUGGAAUAACUCCAAACCUCCCAAAAGGGGAAAUGUAAAGGCCAAACAAGGCACUCCACUUCGUGCACGUAAAAGUGGUCGAUUUUCGUGGUUUGGAGAGUGCGCGAAAUCGAGGAGGACAGAAAGCAGAUACAAUAGAUGACAUCAAAAUUAUGAGAAUUUUAAAAGUUGCAGCCAUUUUCCUUUUAAUGUUAUUUUAUAUAUAUAUAUAUAUAUAUUAUAAAUAUGUGACAGUUAUUUAAGGAUAUGAUGUAAAGUUAGUACUACUCUUAAGUAUCAUUAAUUGAAAGGUGAAAUUUGGGGAUUUUAUUUCUUCUUUUAUUUGAAGAAUCACCAAUGUUUUGGUCAAGUGUAUAUUGAUAAUGUUUAUUGAUUUAUACACUUAAAAAAUGUAGUGGU